GUUCGUUCUGGCCAGCCAGCUCGUAGUUGAGACAUGCUGCAAGAACCUGCAGCUCGCUCUGGCAUCACGGAUAUAGUUGGUAUCCCCCUACCCCCCUCGCAAACAAGGCGAGCCAUCAUCUCCUCAAGCUGCCUUCAUGUUUGGUUCGCAAUGAGCUGGCACGACAUUCUUGAUCUUCUGAUGUUCUUGCUGCCGCUGGCACAGCGCCAUCGAAGAUUUAACGAUCUUCUGCUGAUCUCGCUGCCUUUUACACAGUAUCACGCAAAGAUCCUCAACAUCCUGUGGACAUUACUACCUGCAAAGACAAAAUUAACCUCUGGCUAUAUCUUACCCUGGUUCAAACUUAGCCUGGAGCCCCAGAAUCCACUACUUGCUCUCCUGUACAGGCAUUCCAGCGUUCGACUUAUUUUCAAACCUGACGGUGUACUGAUCAGGGUUGAAAUUAAAGUCUUUCGGUACACAGUAAUGAUAUGGUGGAACCUUUUCAACAUAAUUGCAACUAUCCGCAGUUUCUCCUUAUACCCCCUCAUCCAUCUGUCAGCAUGGACCAUGGACGGACUGGUAAGGGCUUUGUCUCUUUUGGCUUUUGACAGCUGGAAGGUCAAGAGCCCAACAUCUAAACAAUGGAAUCCGAUGAAAGUCAAGAAGAAGAAGGCCAAAGGAGAGAAAGACGUCAUCAACACCAGCGACGACGAAAGCCUGCCUCUUCAUUGUCAGGCGAACCAAACUGGUCCUGGAAUUGGGAGAGCUAGCAGAGCCAUCUCACGGUGGUCCCUUGAAGUCCGACAGCUUCCUGGUUACUUUAUAAAGGCGUGCAAGCGAUUUUCAGUCAACGACAAGACAUUCCCUGACGAGCACCAGGCUCGUCGGCCCGGAGUUCUGGUGAAUCCCUUGACAAGUCGUGGAAAGGCCCACGAAGCUACUUAUAAGGGCUUGCCUAUUCCACAGCAGGACCAAGGAUCCAGUGCAGGUGGCACUAUAACAUUAUAAAGGAUUACUUAGUAGGACGGAGGCCAGAAAUAUGCAAAUAUACACGUUGCCAUGGCUUGCAUUGUUUUAUCAGGCCACAAUGGCUGUGUAGGUCUUG